CUCAAAAAUGGCUACCGCGGCGCUUCUGAAAAGGAACCGCUCUGGGCCUCGCCUUUGAUCUCGUUGGUGGGGCUGGGGGAUGAGAGCUGCACGGCGCGGGACAAGUCGCCGGCGGCGCCCGACGGAGCAGGUGAUUUCCCCUCCGGCCCCCGGCCCAGGGCUAGGAGAGUCGCGGAGAACGCGGACCCAGGAAGAGGAGAGAGCAUGGAGCUGGAGAGGAUUGUCAGUGCAGCCCUCCUUGCCUUUGUCCAGACGCACCUCCCAGAGGCUGACCUCAGCGGCUUGGAUGAAGUCAUCUUCUCCUAUGUGCUUGGGGUCCUGGAGGAUCUGGGCCCCUCAGGGCCAUCAGAGGAGAACUUCGAUAUGGAGGCCUUCACUGAGAUGAUGGAGGCCUAUGUGCCUGGCUUUGCCCACAUUCCAAGGGGGACGAUAGGGGACAUGAUGCAGAAGCUCUCAGGGCAGUUAAGUGGUGCCAGGAACAAAGAGAACCUGCAACCACAGAGCUCUGAGGUCCAAGGUCAGAUGCCUGUCUCCCCAGAGCCCCUGCAGCGGCCUGAAAAGCUCAAAGAAGAGACUAGGGCUUCUCCUACAGCUUCUGGAGACACCCAGGAUGAGGCAGCUGGUGCUGAGGAGGAGCUGCUGCCAGGGGUGGAUGUCCUCCUGGAGGUGUUCCCUACCUGUUCAGUGGAGCAGGCCCAGUGGGUGCUGGCCAAAGCUCGGGGAGACUUGGAAGAAGCUGUGCAGAUGCUUGUAGAGGGGAAGGAGGAGGGGCCUCCAGCCUGGGACGGCCCUAACCAGGACCUGCCCAGGCGCCUCAGAGGCCCCCAAAAGGAUGAACUGAAGUCCUUCAUCCUGCAGAAGUACAUGAUGGUGGAUAGCGCAGAGGAUCAGAAGAUUCACCGGCCCAUGGCUCCCAGGGAGGCCCCCAAGAAGCUGAUCCGCUACAUUGACAACCAGGUAGUAAGUACCAAGGGGGAGCGAUUCAAAGACGUGCGGAACCCUGAGGCCGAGGAGAUGAAGGCCACAUACAUCAACCUCAAGCCCGCCAGAAAGUACCGCUUCCACUGAGGCAUUCGCCAGACUCUGCCGGAGCCUUCUAGGCUCAGAUCCCAGAGGGAUGCAGGAGCCCUACACUCUCCCACAGGGCCCGCCCUAACUCCUGUCCCCCUUCUCCACCCUGCUCUCUACUUCCUUGCCCCACACUGUUGACCUCCUCUUGGAGCUGCCCAAGGGCACAGUAAAGGUGGCCCCAGGAA